AAAUAGUAAUAGUCGCCUGCAGGAGUGAGUCUGAAUACUAGAUAAAGAUAGAAGACAAGAUGCGCGAGCUCGCCCCAGGGCCACUUCUACCCGAGCAGUGGUUCCAGUCGGGUAGAAGUGUCCCUCCGUCACGUCUUGACCUUGAGCAUCAAGGCACUUCCACUUCUUUCUAUACGACCAUAUCGAAUGGUAGUACUAGUAGAAGGAGCGCAGCGCGGACGAAAUCUUUCCGGAGACGAGGACUACCAUUUUUUACGUCAUCAAGUGCGUCAUCUACCUCAUCAAGUGCGUCACCUCCGACGACAUCUACGAAAUCAUCAUCAAAAAGUACAUCCUUCGUACCCAUCGACGGAUUUAUGCCCAUCAUCGUUGACCUUUUCGCCGCUGUCGGUCGAGCUGCUUUCCAGGGUAAAAAAACUCUAGAGAUUUUUUUUCAAAAUCCGACCAAAGCCAUCGCUUCUGGCUCAAAUCUCUUUCCCACAGACGCAAUCACGAAGACGAGUGUGAAGCAAGCGGCUCAGAAAGUCUUAACCCCAGAAAACAUCGCGAAAGUGAUUCCGGCAGUCCAAAACCCGCGUCAUUGGAUCGCACACCAUAACCACGACCUAGAUCAAGGCAUGAAGUUCAUGGUGCAGUCGAAUAUGAAAGGAAAAAGUGCACUCACAGUCACACUCAAGAAAUUGGCUAGGAUUCAACUAUAAGGCUAGAAGAAAUCCAUCUUCACAGGCAUCCUGAGACCGUUUUCAAGGGGGGAAAUCCAUCUCUUAGAUGUUCUAAUUGGAUUCAAGUUCUAGUUCACAAGUAGCGAGGGAAUAAUUUCUUGAGUGUGACCACGAGUGCCCUUUUUCUUUUCAUAUCGAAGUCAGGGACGAUACUGUGGACGGACUUGUUCAAUACUUACCGAUUUGGCUGUUUUUCGGACAAUUUCCAUCAGAAGUGGUGGUGGCAUCAUCCGCAAUUACGACUAGGCAUGCCAUUAUUUGAGACAAAAGUGACGCUGCAGAACGACUUGACGGGAGAAGUGAAGUGGGAUGCAGUGUACAAUUUGGCGGGGAAGAGUUUUCUCAGGUAGUUGUACCAAUCGUUGGUAGCGCUUUUGGUUUUGUUUAUAUCCUCUCUUACUAGGCAUCUUGCCGAAUAGAUUCAAAUCAUCAUAUCCUCUCUUACUAAUUGGGGAGGAGCACGUAAAAUCGUGAAGGCUCCUGUUGGUAUCUAAUCCAUCGUGAAUGCAAAGUUAGUCGCGUCAUUCUUUGAUUUGCUUAGCCUAAAAUCUUAUUACAAAUCUCUCAAACAGACACGACGCCGAACCCAUUGGAGGCAAGCAUCCGUUUUUUCUUCCAGAUUGGUGCCCUGGACCAGCGGGUGAUAACACAACGGCCCAAACCUGGACCUUAACUGUACGAAAUUUAGGAGUGAAGCCUUUUCCGGAAGUGGAUGUCGUUGGAAAAAUGAGAUUUAUCCAGUACCCUUUCCCCUUGCUGGAGGCGAAUUACGUGCAUGAGGCGGAUAUCGACAAAGAUGAGUUGAGGACCAGGAGCUUUGGGUUAAUGUUCUAGAAAACUUAAUGUUCAUCUAGAAUGAAUGUUCUUGUGAGCUCCUAGUUGUCCUAUGAGAAGCGCAGCAAUCUUUACUGUGUUCAUGGUCCUCGUUUCCUGCAAUUUUUAGAGCAAUUACCUGGAUGGAGGUCGUGUGCGGGAAAAGAGUGACGUCACGAGCUCUACUCAACAUGUACAUGAAUCUGUGAGAUUAUUCAUUUUCGUGAUUGAAAACGCAAAGACGAACGCCAACAUUCAGAGGGUGUAACUCAACACUUCCAC